UUUUCGCGAGAAACUCACCAAUCAGGUAUUGUUUUCUUUCAACGGUGAUUCGUGGUGCGAGAAUUUAAUUUAGUAAGAAUGCUCCUUUUAAUAAAUAUGCGUGAUUCCGAGGCAGCAUGGAUGACUCGGCUACCGGCUAUCGAUGGCCUUCAAUAAUGUGAAUUGCUACUUAAAAUGAAGUGAUUUAACAUGACCUUUAUAAAUAUAAACAAAUGCGCGGCCAUUAGAUCGAAAUCUCGUGGUAGAUUUGACUUCAUAAUUUUUUUUGCUUUGAAUUUAAAUUCUUAGAGAAUACAAAUUUUUCAAUUAAAUAUUAUCAUUGUAUGUUCAGUUUAUUUACAUUUUUUGAAAAACCUUUGAUUAACUAUAAUAAAGAGAUGAUAAGUUUUAUUAUUGAAAUUCGAUAAGCACCUUGAGGAAAUAAAAUGCCUCCUAAACAACGUAAAAUCGCUGUUAUGGGAUAUCGAUCUGUGGGAAAAUCUUCUCUCACAAUACAGUACGUUGAAGCUCGGUUCGUUGAUUCAUAUGAACCUACCAUUGAAAAUACCUUCACUAAAACCACAAAAGUGGGUGGUCAAGAAUUUUUCAUCAAACUUGUAGAUACUGCUGGACAGGAUGAAUUUUCUAUCUUUCCACAGUCCUAUUCUAUGGAUAUUCAUGGCUAUGUGUUGGUUUACUCAAUCACUUCUACUAGAAGCUUUGAAAUAGUAAAAACCAUUCACCAUCGCCUGUUGGAUAUGACUGGAAAAGUUCAAUUAUUUCGAAAAUAUUUAAUACCAUCAUUUUGGAGAUCGAGAAAGCCAAUGGGAAUAUAGAGAAAAAAUCUAAUUGCCUCCUAUCUUGAUGUCACCUGCAAGCCCUAUUUUUAAAGAUCGUGCUCCAAAAAGACAUUUUUUUUAUGUGUUUGUGUGUGUGUACUGUCUGUAUUUUAAUAAAUAUUUUAUAAAUAUAAAAAUUGUGUGUUGUCUAUUAACAAUUUCUUUUUUCUUCAAAAGAGUGUUACCGAUAUAUUUAAAACCAUCUUACUGGAGAUUGAAAAAGCCAAUGGGAAUGUCCAGGAAAAAUCAAACUGCCUCAUUUCGUGAUGUUGGCUGCCAGUUCUAUAUAAAGAGAUUGUACUUCAAACAGACUUUAUAUAUACUCAAUGAAUAUAUUUACUCUUUUAUUCUUUUUUAUUUCUUUUUUUUUUUUUUUUUUUUUUUUNUUUUUUUUUUUUUUUUUUUUUUUUUUUUUUUUUUUUUUUUUUUUUUUUUUUUUUUUUUUUUUUUUAGAAACAUUUUUUUCUGAAAUUUAUGAGACCAGGGGUCAAUCAAGAAAUUGGGGUUCCAGAUUUUGAAAACGGUGUAUAUCUUAUUUAGUAAAAAUUUGUCGAUAAUUAAAGUAGUAUUUCUGCAAAAUGUAUAUAUUUCUACAAAAGCCAUUUUUAUAUAAAAGUAUAUGAACAUUUAAAUACAAAAAAUGUAAAACUAACACAGCAAACAACAAUUAGAAAACAAUUAUUUUUCUGAGGUUUUACUUGUCAAUUUGAAUGUGCUUUUAUUAAUAAUUCAUAUGAAAAUAUACAUUUUUGUGUAUGAAAUUUUUAACUCUUAAAAAAGACUGCAAACAAAGUGGAUUAUUAAUCAUACCGUUUUGGGCAAAAAAAUUUAACAGCAAGAUAUGUUAAAGGAUUGUUAUUAAACUUUAACAAAGAACCGUUUGAGUAGUUUAGAAUUUCAUGAAACAGCCUUAAUUGAUGCUCAGAUUUUUCUGAAGGGUUUGGCUUUUUGUAAAGGGUUUUUAAUAGAACCUAAAUUGUUUCUAGACUGACACCUGGGUGCAUAUAUUAUUAUUAUUUUUUUUUUCACUUUAUGACUUAACUAAGAGCUAUUUGUUAAUAUGUUACUAUUAGUUAUUUUAAUUGUUAUAAUAUAUUUUAUUAUAUACUGUUUGUUGUAUUGUUUAUAAUAGGAAUAAUUACUUUGUUGUGGUUGUAAAUAUAUAUUUUUAAGACAUGUGUAUAUGAUAGUUUUUUUGGGGGAUGGGGAUAAGUUUUGGUAUAAAGAAGUCAUUGCCAAAUUAAUACAUAUUUUUUCUUUUUGUACUAUAAAGAUGUCCAAUACUUAUAACUUACAAGGAUUUGAGGUUAUAUUUGAUUUUUUUUGCUCAGGAAUGGAAUUGUUCUAUUUACGUGUAAAAACUUUCAUUCUGAUUGUUGUAUCAUGUCAUGUGAAUGUUUUGUCAAAACCUUUAAAUAAGUCUUGAUUAACGAAAACAAUUUCUUCACAAACUUAAUUUUUUAGAAGCAGAUCUGCCUAAAUUUUCAUUACCCAAAAAGUCUAUGGUUUCCAAUUAGUGAUCCGCGAAGCAGAUUAUUUAAAAACAUUAUUUGCAUCAUUAUUUAAAACAAUAUUUAUAAUUUAUCUAACUUUAACUGUGACUCAUAGUUGAAAGACUUACUAAGGAAUUAAAAAUAUAUUAAAAUAUUGGAGAAAAAGGAAUUAAAAAACAUAUUAUGAUUUUAUUUCAUAUUUUAUAGGAUUUUUUUAAAAUAAACAUUAACAAGUGCUAUGUUUUGAACAAUAGUUUAUUGAGGCUCGUGCCAACAUACUGGUAAAGGAUUCACAAGCCUGGUUAACACUUUAACCUUUCGUAUGCUGAAAAAGAUUUUUUUUUAUAAUACAUUUUUACUAAAUUAUACUUUUUAAUUGUUCUACCUUUUUCUUUCUUUUUUUUUGCCAUAUUUAUCUUUCUUUUUUAAACUAUAUAUAUAUAUUAAAAAAAACCUCUGUCUUAAGUGUUAGAAAAAGUAUAAUAAUGUUUAAGAUUUUUUUUAAUUAAAAUUUUCUUGAAUUUUAAAGAUACUCAGCAGGUAGUUGAUGCUCUAUGUUUAAAUAUCGAGUCCUGACCUUAACCAGCAUUUGCUCUUUUUUUUACCAUCAAUUUUGUUAAAAUUCCGAUAUUAUUGAAAAAAUAAUCUAUGCAGGAUGCUGCAACAUGAUAUAACUGAAUGGCCUAGACUUCUCUUUAAUGGCAAUUAAUCUAUAACAAGCGAUUAAGUCUUUUUUUUAUCUAUAAAUAAAUUUGAAAAAAUUUCUCUUGAAAUCAUUUUACUUGAUUUGAUUUCAGUCCUAUUACAGGGAAGAAUGACGGAGGACAGAAUGGGAAGGAAAAAAAAGGAAAAUUUAAUGAUCCAUUGAUUAUGGAUUUUGAGUUUUUUUUAAUAAUUCCUUUUUAUGUGCAUUUAAUAUCACCUUAAAACAUUAUGCUAAAUAAAAUAACUAAAUGCCACAAUUAUUGUUAAAAAGAAGAAAAUUUAGUCCUGAAGACAGUGCUUUAUAUCAAAAAUUUCAUUAGUUUAACACCAUUACAUGUAAAGUUUUUUGCAUACCAUCUUCCUUAUGCUCUUGAAAAAGGUUCUAACUGACAAUUUUUUUUUUUUUUUAAAUAGAGAUUUCUCAUAAGGGGAUAUGCUAUUUAACUAUCAAACAUUGAUUUAUUUUGUCCCUUCAUUAAGUUUCCAAGGUUUCAGUGAAUAAAGGUUUUUUUGUGGAAAACUGUUCUAUGUGUAUUUGGUAAUAAGAGCUACCGAUGAGUACUCUUAGAAAACUUGUUUUUUGGCAUUAAAUUAAAAAAGCAAGAGCGUGAAAGCUGUGGUGUGAACUGCCUAAAUAUAUUUAAAUAAUAAAAUUAAAAUAUAUAAAUUUCGUCAGUUUAAAGCUUGCAUACAAACAAUAAAGGCUUGGCAUAAUCCUUAUUUUCUAUUGUUGAGCAAUCAACUCUAAAAAUAAGUUGCUCUAAUUCAUUAAAAGUACCAUUAUUCACUCUGCACUUCAAAGAGUUGGUAGAGCACCCUCAUCCAAGCUUGUACGAGAAGUGAGGUGAACAAUUGUUAACGAUCCCUUCUUCAUUCGUGAAGAGGGUAAGUCUAGAGGUGCUGAUUCAAGCGUCGGCUGAUUAAUAUCUCGGUGUUGUACUGUUAUUCAGUCAAACAAGAAUAUAAGUUACACUGAAAAAAUUAUUUAAAUAUAUAAUUUUUACUUCUAUAGUUUUUGUCAGGAAGAGGUACUUUUUAAAUCUGAAGCCACAUGACUUCUGAACUAUUAAAAAAAGAAAAAAACCUAUCACUUUUUUAAUACCCAAUGCAUUGUGAUUUUUUAUACUCCUAUACACUAAUAAUUAUUGCUUUGUGUGUAUCAAAGUUAUUUGGUAUAUUUUUUAUUUAAGUUCGCAAAAUAUCAGUUUUAAAACUUUAUUCCAAUUUUUUUUCCGUGUAUAUUUUUCUAUAACUUAAUAUUAGAAAUUGAACUUUCAAAAAAAAAUUUUAAAAAUUCUUACUCUCAUUAUGGGAAGCUUCACUCCCCCUUUUUAUCAAAGUUUUUUUUUUUUUUUUUAAUUAUACUUUUGCAUCUUUGAUAUUAUCGUUUCCUGUGUGAAGUGAAGGUUUUGUUUUUAUCUUUAUAAUUAUUCUGAUCCUUUUUGUAUUUCAAGCAUGUUUUACUUAAUUAUUGUGGUAUUGGUUUUUAGGAGAGAAAUUUUGCUGUGGUUAGUGAUUAUUACUACUUACUUAUGUAUGUUGCAUUAAUUAAAUGCUAAUAAUUCGAAAUAAUGCUGGGAACUGAACGUUUUUUAUUUAUUAUUAACUAAACUCUGUCUUUUAUAAGAGCUUAAGCAUCUAGCUCACAGGAAGGGGAUAUACAAUUUGCUUAUUUUUGCUGGCAACAGGAGGUCAGUAUGAACUGUGUUUGCAUAAGAUAAUUCCUGCCAUCAGUAAAAAAAAAUCUGUGAAAACUGUUGAAACAGGUGACAUGCCACUAAUAAGUAUUAUAUCUGGUUACUGUGUUAAACGUAUUGAAUAUUUUAUAAAAAGAAUGACCUUAAAAAAAAUUGCUGUAACAAGAACAGAUUACAAGACAAGAACCUCCGUGGCCUCUGAUGAACAUUUAACGAAACAGCUUUGGGUAGACAAUCGCCACUCAUUUUAAAGAAAAAUCCAUUAAAUGGUUAUCAAAAAAAUUAAGGGAAGCCUAACAAUAAAUAGUACAAAUACAAAAGGUAACAUAUAAUUUUAAAUUUCAGAUUGUGGCAAACUUGGUGUCCAAUGGUUAUUGAAAGUAAUUUUAUUUCAUUAACUAAUAUUCAUUAUGAGGUAAAAACUAUUUUAAAAAAGGUUAAAAUCUACUUUUCAAAAGAUGUACACCGUGAAUUUAUAAAUUAGUAUAAAGUAUACAAUUUCGUUUUUUAAUAUGUAUGUCAAUAAACUAGUGAAAUACAUGGGAUUUUAUUUUUUUUUAAUGUGCAAAAGAAAUUGAAAAUUCCAAUAAGAAAUUUGCUAUAUGUGUAUUUAAUUGUUUUUAUUUCCUUCUCUAAACAAUUUAAAGUACUUAUUUUAAAUAUUUGUUUGAAUUACGAGUUCGGCUGACUUAAGAAAAACGCUGUUAAUGUUUUCUGAGAACAGACUGUGAAAAGCUUAAAACCUUAUAACUUAAUAUUUUUCUUGCUUUUAUACCCCUGGUAUAUUAUUUUAAGGUACUGAAGCACUUCAGGAAAGGGAAGGGAAAAAAAAACUUUCAAAAAUUAUAGAGUGAAAUAACAUCACUUUAAUUUGAAAGGUGUUUUUUAUAUUUAAAAAAAAUUAACCAUCUGCUUUGGUUUAUGAUGUAACGACUCAAGUGGUUAUAUAAGUUUUAUGUGUAUGUUUUUUUUAAAUGUUAUAUUCACAGGUAAUGGCCGGUUGUGGUGUCUAGAAACAGCUUGUGCCAUUUCUGUUUUAAGUUAUUACUGCUCGAGUUUCGAUUUAAAUUUGAUAAAAGUAACAAAGAGUAAUUUUAAGACAAACUAACUUUUGAUUAAUUUAUGAAAUUCGAUACACACAAUACUCUGUAUAUUUUCAUCAUGGAUUCUGAUUGUAGCUAAGGGGUUUAUGUUCUUCUAAAAAAUUACAAUUAAAAGUAAUAAUAUUUAAUUGAAAAAGGUUUGCUCAGUUACGCGAGAAAACAUGUUUGGCGUGAUGUAUAUGUUAGGAUAUUCAUUCAUCUCAUAAUGUUGCAAUCGGAGGCAAAAAAGUUUUCCCAUUUCCCCAAUUUAUACGAUUUAUUUCUUAAUCGUAAACCAAAGUUUUUUACUUAGUCAUUUAGAAAUAUUAUUUCAGAAGCAUUAGUGAGCAGCAAAACCGAAGUAGCUGCCCCGUUCUGCCAUAUUAAUAUAAAAUUGCAGUUUUUCAAAUUAUUCUCUGUAUUAAUUUCAAUGUUUAAGAGCCCUUUACCCUCGCCAUUCAUUGGAUUUUAGAUUAAAAUUUUAAUUUAAUUAAAUUUUUGAUAUUUUUUUUUUACUUAACAGAUUUUUGAUGAUAAAGUAUUGUUUUUCUGCAAAAUACCUUUUCCAAAAAGGUAGAAAAUAAAGAUAUUUCAUUAUUAGAUUGGGUGAAGUAGAGUGUGAUAAUUUUUAGAACUUCUAUGAAUUUUUCCUCUAAACUUGAAAGCAAUAAAAUGAUGCUAUUGGUGGUUUUGAGUAAUUAAUUGAAAACUACACGUUUGUCAGUUUUUAGAUUUUUUAAAUUCUAAUUUUAUUACUGUCAUCUUAUUCUGUAAUAAAAGUCAUCUACUUGUCAUUAUUAUCGUCAUCCGAAUUAUCAGUUUUCAUAAGUUUAAACAACUUAUGAAAACUGAUUUGGAUGACGAUAAGAAAAAAAGUUCUUUUAAAGUUAAUUGCGUAAAAACAAAGAUACUUAUCGAAAUUCUAAAAAUAGGCAACUGCAUACAAUUUAACUACCUGUCAAAAACUGUUGAUUGCAGAACUGUGUUUGCAUAAUUCUGACGCCAAAAAUUGAUAGAAAAUCCGAAUUACUGCACUUUUCAUGUCUCAAAUUGUUAUUGGAUGAUGACGUGUAGCAGACGAUACUGCCAUUUAGAAUAAAAUCCGUCAUCAAAUUAUUUGUGAAAAUUAAAUAAGGAGGAUAAGAAUCCCCCCUUCGACAGUCGACCCGGCUGAAUCUCCCGAAUUCUUAUUUCAUGGCAAUGCAUGAAAAAUUUUAAUUUAGGAAAAUAUUAACAAUUUCAAGCAUCUGUUUGUAGUAAAUUUUUUGUACCUGAAAUUUUGCCCUUUAUAUUAUUUCGUAGUUAGAUAUAAAAAUAACUGAAACACAGGUUUAUGCUAAAAGGACAUUGAUAAGAAUUGCAACUUAAUGCUUUUGCUAUGAUAAAUUUUGUGGAUAUUCCUCACCAUCCUAGGAAAUGUGUGCUCGGUGUUCCAUAAUCACUACUCUUUAUGUGUGUUAUUAGAAUCCUUAUCAAGAACGAAGUUCGCGAUUUUAAGCGAAAAAGUAAAAUCUGUCACAUUUCCUGUGUGAAAAAUUCAAAGCUAGUUUGACAGACCAAUAAAACUUAAACUUCUUAGGUUCCUUGGGAAAUGAUGCAUGUCUUGAAUUCAAAAGUAAUUCAAUAGCGUUUUUGAUUCUCUUUAUUAUUAAUUUGAAACUCGUAUGUGAUUAUUUUGUUAUCGUCAUUUUUAACAAAGAUUCUAAAAAUGUAUUAUAAAGAAAAGAAAUUGUGGAACACCUUGUGUAUCUGCAAAUAAUAAAUUAAUAAUUUAAAUUGCUUGUCAACACUAAAAGAAAAUUUACAAGUGCGAGGCAUAUAUUAUUACUUUAUCUUUUAAACUAUCUUCUUUUUUUUAAUUCGUUUUUUUUUAUUUAAAAAUUUCAAAUUGGUCUUUAUUUGCACAGUUUCCCUAAGUUUGUACAGAAUUUAAGCACAUUUUUAUAUCCUUGUACGUUUUACGACCCUUUGAUUAUUUUAAAACGUUUUCAAGUUUUAUAUCUUCUAUGUGUUUUUUUUUCUUCUCUCACUUAGAGUAAAUAUAUGUAUUUGUAAUAUAACAUUAAUAAACUUCUUUGUAUACUAUUGGA